AUGAACUUUCAAAAGCUACUACAAACAUCAACUAGUGAAAAAUUAUCUAGUAAAUCAUUUAUAUUACUACUGGCACUAUGCUCACCACAAGAAAAGGAGCUAUAUGACGUGUUACAAAAUAUAACAAAUGAUCACCAGAUUCAAUUGAUAGUUGACUGGUCGUUGGCAACCAAAACCAAUUCCGAAAAUUUUUGGAUAAAACUAGCAAAAAUUGAUGAAUCGAACAAAUUCCUUCAAAAGUUCUUAGGUGUUUCUGCUCCUGACUUUAGCUAUAAACAUUUUAUUAAUUAUGCAAAGACUCAUAUAGAAAAUCAUGUUGUGCUACAGUUAUUAGGAACAUUUAAUCCAACAGACGAAAAUUUAAUUGAAUUGUUUGAAGUAGCUUCACAACCUAACGUACUAUAUCAAAAGAUCAAACAUUUAUUAUCCAGUUCACAAACCAAAAGAUUAAUGGACCUCAAUCUUAUAACUUCACAAGAAGAAGAAGAAGAAGAACAAAUUUCAUUAAAAUUGAAUAAAUUAGAUACAUACCUAGAAAUUAGGAGGAAAUUAUGGAUUUAUGAAACGACCAAAAGUUUUAUUAGGUUGCAAAUUACUCCAGAGAGAUUCCUUAACCAUUUCAAAACGUUAUGUACUGGCGAUGUUUCACAACAAUUGCUUGAACUGUUUUCGAUAGAAACAAAAGGGUAUCAUCAAUUUAAUGUUCAAAAUUUUAUGCUGGAAAAAUUACCACAAAUACUAAACUUAUUAGGUGAAGACUUACCUACCAAAAAGGAAUCACCAGAUUUGAAAAAAUUGAACGAAUUAAUCAAUGAUUCAGGAUCUGAUUUUUCAUUAGAAGAUAAUCAAUUGUUUGAAUAUUUUAAAAACUUGACUCAAAAAUCUGGUCAAUUAGACUAUUCAUUGACAAUUAUAAAUAAUAUUGAAGAAUUUAUAAAUUCAAAACAAUAUGAGAAAUUAAAUAAAUUAUUAUUAGCGUUGAUAAACAACAAAGAUUUGAUAAAUAUAAUUUUAUUCAAUACUGGUUGCACCUUAUUGUACAAGCUUAUUGACUAUAUAGACUUUGAAAACUUUAAAAUUGACUCAGAUGAUGACUUUCAGGAGUUAUAUUCAUAUGCUAGUAUUGGUCUACUCAGCAUUAUAUACAUUAUAGAAAUAUUCGAAAUUGAUUUAACAAAUUUGGACUUAAAUACAUUCACAAUAAACUUUCUAAGCAAUUUUUAUUACAGAUUGGUUGAUAAUUUAACAAACAAUUUGCCGGAACAAAUAGAUGAUGACGAUGAUAAAACUAUUGUAUCAAAUUAUGACAAUUUAAUGAUUGAAUGGAUAAAUGCAUUAUUUAAUGAUUCAAACGAUGAUGGAUUAUCAGAUGAAUUAAUCAAGAGUUUAAAUGUGAAACAAAUUUAUAAAUUUAUGCCAAUCAUAUAUAAACAAGCUAUAUUAGCUACUAAUUUGGGUAGUAUCGAUUUUGGAAUGUUAAAUAAUGGAUUAGAUUAUUUAUCUCAAACUUUUUUGUUACCUGUUACUGUUUGUUUAGUGAAAUGGAUGAAAAGAAAUGAUAAUGAAUUAUUAGGUAAAGUAUUGGAAAUUUUCAAAUCAAUUGAUCCAAAUAUUUCGGGUGUUGUUAAUGAAAUUAUAAAUCAUAAAAUCCAACAACCAGUGGAUAAAAAUUCAAAUAUUUGGGACACUAUAAAAUAUGGUUCAAACUUCGAUAAAUUUGAUUUGUUAAAGUAUAACAAAUUAGAAAUUAUACAGUACAUUAUUCAGGAAACAUUUAGUUUAUCAGAAGAAUCAAAAUUAUUUGUGAAUAUUUUAGUGUCUUUAGUGAUAUCAGAUUCUAUAACCACCAAACAUGAUAAAGAAUAUUGGAGGAACCAAUUAACUACAACCACACCAUCAGAUGAAGUACCACAAAUAGAAAAAGUUUUCACUUCAUCAAUAGAUUAUCAUUUCUCCUCCAUAUUCAAUGAUGAACAACAAAAAGAUGUAGAUGAAUUUGAUGAAUUUUUUACAAACAACGAAGAAGAUAUAGAAAUGAAAAUUCCAACUAGUGAAUCAUUACAACAAUUACAAUCACUUACAAAAAAAAAAAAUUGUUUCUUAUAUUAUUUCGUCAAGAUCAAAAAUUCAACUACUUCUUCAAAUUUGUUUCAUAAUACUAUAAAAUCCAUAAAUGAAAAGUUUUUAGAAGAAAUAGAUAAUUGGGAAAUUUAA